AGAAGCGAACUGUAGGCUGGUGAGACUGAACACCUGUGGGCUUUGCACAUGUACCCGAUCAUGUAGGCUGCUUGAAUGCAGAUCAGAAUGCAGACAGCAGGUCAGAAAAGUGUUGAGAUACUUUCCAGAGCUGGUUGACCCAGCCAGCUGCUGCUGCGUGCUACAGAACGGGUAUGCAGUCAACAACCGUGGAGAACAGUUGUGAUGGCACCUCUGGGGUGGCUACUGGGGCAAUGGUGCAAGUGUGCUUCCCCAACGUGCAAGCAUCUGUGCUAGACAGCCUUAACCGACAGCGUGAGGAUGGACAGCUGUGUGACCUUUCCAUACAUGUGCAGGGGCAGGUGUUCAAAGCCCAUCGCUGUGUAUUAGCUGCAUCCUCACCUUACUUCCAUGACCAGGUGCUACUGAAAAAUAUGUCCACAGUGUCCAUCCCAGCUGUUAUGGACCCACUAGCUUUUGAAAGUGUUCUCAGCUGUGCCUACACUGGACAGCUGCGAAUGCUGCGUGAAGACAUUGUUAACUACCUCACUGUAGGAAGCGUGCUCCAGAUGUGGCACAUUGUGGACAAAUGUACAGAACUGCUCAAAGAGGGCAGGGGAGGAUCCAGUGGGCCGCAGGAUGUUAGUGCUGCCCCAGAGAACGCUAGAUGCAGCAGCAGCGCUAACAAGGAUGCCUAUGGAGAUGAAGGGGACACUCAGUCUAUGGUGCAACCUCCUAACCAUCCCUCGCUGAGUGAAAGUCAGUCUCCUAGCAGCACAAAUUACUUCAGUCCCAAAGAUGCUAAUUUUGGUGGGGCUGUGGUAACUACUGGUGCAGCAGGAGAUGGAGGCGUACAUUCGACUCCUAACUAUUGCAUGCCAUCCGGUCGAGAGGAGACUUUCUUAAUUGAAGAAGAGGAUGAGGAAGAUGACGAUGAGCUUUUGUAUCCCAGGAAACAAGAACGAGGGAGCAGCAGGAGAAAGAAGUCUAUCCCUGUCUCUGAUCAAGAAAUGGGGGAGAGUGACAGUUUUGGGGUUUCGUCCUACCAAGAUGGUGAGUCAUCCCCACCCCAAAAGCGCCCCACAUAUAGUCAACCAAGCAUUAUGCCCCGGAAGCAGUGGGUGGUUGUAAAAACUGAGCGCUCCAGGGAUGAUGAUCUCAUUGUAGUUUCGGGAGAAGAAGGAGGCGACGAUGAAGAGGAGAGGGAGUUAGAGAUUGCCAAGGAGAGAGAGAGAGAGAGAACAUUUAAUAUUUCUAAUGUCAGGACCCUCUCAGCAGACCUCAGCAGCAGGGAAGAAAUGGAAGCACACGUUGACUUCUGCCAGUCUUCUGAGGACUACCUCAAGUUUGAAAGUGGUUUAAUGGACCAGGCAUCAUCACAGCACCCACUUGAAAACUCCAGCCAGAAUAGUAGUCGGGCAGUGUCUGCCUUACUGGGUUCAGUUCAGUCAGCUGCUGCCAGAGCCCAGCUCUUCCCACUGGACAUGCAAGGCAAUCAGAUUCUUCUGUAUAAUCAGGCCACUCUUGAUUCUUCUCCUCCAUUAGGUGUUUCAGGAGGUUUGUCUGGAGUGUCUUUGAAAGGAAAUGUGGAGCAUGGAGCAGUCCACUUGUCCGGGCAGAGUGGAAUAGACGGUGGAUUAGAGGGCUUAGAUGGCAAUGGAAGUGGCAAUUCAGGCAAAGUCUUCAUGUGCCAUUGUGGCAAAAGGUUUACCCACAAGAGUAUGCGAGACCGUCAUAUCAACAUGCAUCUGGACCUGCGGCCUUUCCACUGUCCAGUCUGUGCUAAGAAGUUCAAGAUGAAGCAUCACCUCACAGAGCACAUGAAGACACACACAGGUUUGAAGCCCUAUGACUGCCAUGGCUGUGGGAAAAAGUUCAUGUGGCGUGAUAGCUUUAUGAGGCAUCGCUCCCACUGUGAGAGGCGCAAUGGGAUCAACGGUACUAGUGAGGCACGAGGAUCAGAAGGGUCAGUGAUCUCCCCUCCACAUCACCUUCAGCACCAACCUUCAGGCAAUGAAGGUACUCAAGGAAAUGUUGCUGGUAGAAGUGGAAUCCCAGUUUUGUCUCCACAUCACUCAAGUACUGGUAAUAGCGGAGUCCCUUGUUUGACAAUGGCUGUACCUGGUCCUCUUUUAGGGCUAAACCCCCAAAGUGGGAUGUAUGGUCUUGGUUCUGGUGUUCUUGGGGUAGGGGUAAGUCAUGUUGGAUGUGGGGAAGAGGUUAGUGAAGUUAGUGUUGGUGAAAGCAGCAUCACUUAAGCUACUAUGUGAGAGCGUUAAGCAAUUUCUUGCGUCUCCAUUCCUUAAGUGGAAGUGUUACCUUAUAAUUCUCAACAAAUUCAGAGGGACCAUGUGUACAGUCUGACUAUUCUAACACUUACAGUCUUAUGUGUUCUAGUGCAUGUGCCAUAUGAUGAGAUUAGGAAAGAGUCCUUAUCAAGUAACCAUUGUUAGAGCACUUAUAUACACAUAGUAAGAGAUGUUUAAAGUAGACUGCUAUGGUGGUUAUCAGAAUUCAGAAUAACAUUAUUCUGAUCUGGAAUAAUGCCAGCCACUGUUGCACACAACCUGCCUCAAUAGUACAAGAUGUUUGUUCACACUCAUUUCAAAGUGCCAUACAUUCCAGUAGCUAGUGUUAUGAUGAUAUAUGAUAGAUAACUUAGUAUGUUUUGACCAUAAAAUUUUACAGACAAAAUGUUGGCCAUAUAUGUAGUGUAGAACCUUCUCUUUCCAGUUCGCCUAAGCUAUGUUAAAGGCUGCCUCUUAAAUAAUUGCAGAAAUGUGCAGCCUGUAUGUUUGGAUAGAUAAUUGUUAAAUGUUAAGACUAAUGAAUUUAUCAUCUCAAACGUUUUAAAGGAUGCACAUUGCUGUACCCUGUAUUUAUUUGGUAUUCUCAGAGUUACUAGGGUGCAUUAAAUGUUUAGUUUUUCUUUGGAUUGUGUGCAUUUUCUUUAAAAUCGAAAUUGAAGAGAAUCGUUCUAGGCUUUCUCAGUGCCAAGACUUUGGCCCCUUUGCAACACAUGAUCUUUAUUAAAACCAAACAAGGCUAAAUCAGUUUAAGUACGGGUUAAGUUAUGAUUGAGCAAAGCUCUACUUGCUCAGCAAAGCACAACAACAAACAUGCAAUCUAUGCAAAACUGCAUUGGCAGAAGAAAGGCGAGUUUUAAACAUUGGCUAGCUGCUGAAAAAUACAGACAGAGUUGUUGCAGUUGAGUUCCUGGUGUCUGUCUUUCAUUGGAUUGAGGUUGUUUUCUGUAUUGGAUUCUGUAAUUCUGUAAAAGGUGACUGUAGAAAUGAACUCACUCAAUACAAAAGGAGACUUGGCUUUGACAGUUGGUCCUUGCUGCUGAAAGCUAGUCAUUACAUAACUCUGCCUUCAAACAGCAUGACUUAAUCCUCAGAAUAGUGCUAGCCUCAUUUAAGAUGCUGAUAUGAUGAUGAUCACAUGAACUUUAACUGGAAAGAGGAAGUUAUUGCUCAAAAGGAGACCUGUAGAGUUGCACGCAAUAUUGCAUAUAAAGACAACUGAUUCUGUUUUUGAAGCUUGAUUUUAACACUUUAAUUCCCCUUCAACAAAUUUAACAUUCUUUCAUAAUCACACAUGUUGAAGUUGCUUUGCUUGCAAACCUUAGCGUUUUGCAGGCUAGUGAAAAAUGACUAUAUGAAAACAGUUUAUUUUUAUUCUGAAAGAGUGAAAGGUAAAGGUACACAAGAUAUUUUGCACAAUAUAUUAAGUAACAUCUUGCAUUUCAGAUCUUGUUGAUGUGAGUUUUUCCAACUGAGGGAAUGUGGUGACCUAACAAUAAAACAGUAUGCCCAAAAUAAGUUUGGAACCAUUAUGCUCACAUAGUACGUCCUCAGCUGUUUAAAUACUUGACUUAAAUACAGGGCUCUGUUAGAUUAUAAUUAGUCCAGCACUAGACUCUGUAGGCAACACUGGUUCUGAUUUUGAUUACAAGGCUUGCCUUCCAUGAAGGCUGUAGAAUUGGUUUGCCAUGUUUUGAAAUGGACCUGUAGAGCUUUAAAAGAAAGAAAUGUGGAGGAUGGUCCCUUGUGUUUAAAAAAAAAAAAAAAAAUCUAAUUGUUUAAUUCACACAAUUUAUUUUCCAUGUCAUGGAGAUUUUUUAACUAGUGAAGAUCCAUUAUGUGUGAGAGAAGAAUGGACCUUUUGGUAUGGAAAUGGAAAAAUGGAAACUUCAAGCUAAUUUCUAAUUUAAGCAUAAACUAAGGGGCUCUUAAAAGACAAAAAUAUUUUAGAGAUUGUCAUUGGCAUCUGCAUUGAACUGAUUUUCUGUCCAGGGUUUGGUUUAAUCAGUUCCUGGGAAAACUAGUCUAAUUUAGUCUAGCCUUAGAUGUCUUUAAAUGGAAAAAAAGAAUAGUGGCAUAUAGAAUAUUUAAAUAAAAUGCUAGCAAUCAGACUGCCUCUCAUCAGUUGAAAAUGUUCUGAUGCUGAACUGGUGUAAGCAGUCACCAGCUCAAAGUAAACAAUGUUGGCCGCAAAGACCAGAUACCUCAAACCUCGUCACGUUUUUUUUUCCUACUGCAGCUGUAUUUACAUUACAGUUGUUGUGGUUGAGUUGCUAACAGAAUAUGAAUUUUGUUACACGCUUAUUUGUAAACAUGCUACUAGCAGCAGACCAAACUGCUCAUUUCUAAUUUAGAUCCAGUAGAUCAAUGUUGUCAGUAAAACCUACAUGAAAAAAGAAAUAAACACUAACUGUUGCAGUGACCUCAAA